AUGGCUCCGAUGUUGUUGACCCGCACCGCACAGGUCAUGGUACCUGUUGCUGGCCAAGUAAUGAGUGUUCUCAUUACGAUGGUUGCCCUCACUGCCAUCACGUCGUUUAUCAGUACGCAAGGCUACCUCUCAUCUGAAUAUUCUAGCUUGCCUUUGAAGCUAACGCUUAUCCUUCCAGCUCAAAGAACACUGGCCAUCAAGGUCUGGGCGAGACUUCCUUACAUCGUCUGGCUUGUGUUCGCCAUCAACAUCGAUUCAUAUCUAUUCGUCUUUACAACAGCGUUGUUGCAACAUGCUUUUGGCGUCAAUUCGAGUAAACACUUGUGCGAGGGAGCUAUUUUACUUUGCCUUGCGUGCUAUGUCACAACCAAGUACAUUAUCCGCGGCACGCCGAAAAAGCGCUUGAAGUCCAAGCUGUACUUGUUCAACUCUUUCGGAAUCAUGAGCAUCUUCAUCAUUAUCAUUGUAUUAAAUUUCCUCUACCGAAUCGUACGAAUGGAACAAGGGCAAUGCUUUAUCGGAAUGGAAGGUGUCGGUAUUAUACCGCUCAUCACAUUCGACUCCCUUGCCAACGCUUACCUGACCCUCCUGUUCCUCGUCCCAUUGAGGAAAAUCUACAAGUUCAGAAAAUUGGCACGAACCCAAGCAAAUUACCAUCUCCAGAAUGUCGCCCUCCGAACCUUUAUCGGAGCCCUCUGCACUCUCAUCAGCAGUGUCACAAACCUUACCGUGCUGAUGGCGUUAAACGGAGAGCCGGGCUGGGUUUGCCUCAUGUGCUGCAACUGUGACGUCCUCUUCUCAGCAGCCGUCAUCCACUGGGUCACAUCCAAGGACAACGCCGGCACCUCGGGCAGCGUCUCCUCCCACGGCGGCGCUGGCAAUGGCUUCCCCGACAACAACGCCGCCGGCACCCCUCCCCGCAGGCACAACGGCAACAGCGGCUCCGACACCGAGCCCCCGCCCUCGACCAUGGACGAGAUCGCCCUCGUCACGGCGGCCAGGUCGACCGCCAGCCGCCGCCACUCCGACUUCGACGACGACGACGACGUCGACAGCCAGGCCGACGCCGUGCUCUCCAAGGCCGCCAACCCCAAGGGCACCGUCGUCGUCACCACCACCAUCAAGCGCGAGAGCAGGCCCAACGGCGGGGGCAUAUCCAUCGGGGCCGGAGGGGUCGGCGACCACGGCUACCAGCACUCGCCCCGGAUGGCCAGGGCAGGAGAUGGGUUCUCCAAGCCGCAGACGAGGAUCAGCGGAGGGUCACCCCAGAGCCAACGCUAG